AUGGCCGAAAGGCAAUUUGGCUCUCUUGCAGUACUUGUGUACUGGGAGAAGGUGCAACCGGUCGAAGGAGAAUGCGCCUAUAAUCCCAACUUGUCCAUACAACCUCUUAUGAGGAACUGGACCGAAGGUGCAGCCACUAGGAGAGAUCGUUUCGACUAUGACAAUGGGCGCGGCCGUGGUAACGUCAGGAUCGAAAAUAAUAUCACCCAGGAGUAUAGGGCUCAGGAGCCCAACAUCCCAAAUAAUGCGCCUACCAUGAAGCCAAAAACCAAGCCUGCAAAUGGAAACGCAAAGAAGUCGACGACAGCCCCAAUGUCGGAAUAUUUGAUGGAGCUUCUAAUGAAGCGGUUCAUGGACUUCAUACACACCCAGAUGAGGGAAAUCCCUAAUCAAGUUGCUGAGAGGUUGUUGGAGAAGUUGAACAAAUCAGGUGUCAUGUACAAGCCGGCUGCUGCCGUGCCAUCCGCGGACAAUGAUGUGGAUGAAGAACUGGAUUCGUUCGAGAAUGGUCCAUAUGAAAAGAAGGAAUUCGUGUACAAGGAUGACAUAGACUCACGCGGAGAGCCUGUCAUUGACAUGACGCAGCCUGAUGAAGUGGUUCCCAACCAUAAAACCAAAACCCCACCGAAGAUGAAUGGACACAAGGAAGCUUCACCUAUUAGGCGUAAUGAUGAAUGUGGCGCUACACCCGAAAACCCUUGGGUCGUUGCUCUGUUUUCUGAAAAUCAUGAGCCGGAGGUUGUGGCAGAUGAGUUGACGCCGGAAAUAAUUGAUGCGGUUGUUUCAUUUGUCGAGUUAGCUGCUAGCUCCGAGAAGAAUAAGGGGAAGAAAGUUUACUACAGUGAAGGGCGUGGCAUAUCUCUGACUUCUGAAAGGAUUCGACCGGUAAUUGAUGCUUAUAUGGGACAUUUGGAGCUGCGCGUUGGUCAUGAUCGUUACCUCUGUCCAGCGUGGAGGUCCAAAUUCCUUGUAGAUCGUGCUAUCGCACGAGACGAUCCAUUGCCGUCGAGCUGCAACAUGGAUAGUGCUCUGUCCAAAGCUGGAGCAGUUAAUAGAGUCACGAAAGAGUAUACUUUGCGUGAUAAGACGUAUAUCGCGUUGAAUAUCGAUAAUGCCCACUGGAUGACCGUGGUCAUGCACUUGAUCAAGCAAGAAUUCCAAGUUCUCGAUUCGCUCUAUCCUCUGGACCUGACAGAAAAGACUGUGAAAGCACUGGAUGAUAUCACUUCUGAGUAUGUUGAAUGGAUUGAUGGGGAGUGGAAUAACAAAGCAAAGUCAGUCAUUAAGUAUCUUGCCAUGAAGAACAAGAAACUAGAGACUAAGAUUACAGAAUAUGAAGCUGAAAUUAAAAGGAAUGAGAAAGAAAAGAGGGCAAUGGUUAAGAUGCACAAGGAAAUAUUGCUCUAUAGGGAUAGGAUUUUAGGAUUUGGAGGUCUUCUGUGUCUUGGCCUGCUUGCCAUUAUGAUUGCUGUCAUAGUUAGCAAGUAG